UGUCAGGCUACCUGCCAAAGACUCAGACGGCUGAAGCGCGAGAGUCUUUCUUUCGUCAAAUAAUCGAUCAAACAUUUGGAAUAUUUUCCAGUUUUUGGGGGAGACCUGGACGUCGUGUCUUCUCCUCUUCGAUCCAAAAUGGCGUCCGCUGUUUGCUCCGCUGGAAGUUUUAAUCGGUGAAAAAAAAAAAGGUGGACCCUCCUCCUCCCCAGAUGUGGCCUCCACCUCUGCUGAGACUUCUGUUCAUGAACGGCGAGGAGGAGCUCUCUGAUUGGACGGCUGGAGGGAUGACGGGCCUCUAGCAGACAUGGAGACAGGAGAGACAGACAGACAGACAGCUGGACAGCCUACGUUCCCUUUAUUAACUCAGGAUUGAGAGCUUGUAUUUUUAUACCCGGAGCCGUAAUAUUUUUCACUAGUUGUCGUCGAGAAGAAGCCAUAGAGCCGCAGCGAUGAGCUCUGAGGGCUUCCAGUACCGAGCUCUGUACGACUACAAGAAGGAGCGCGAGGAGGACAUCGACCUACACGUGGGAGACAUGCUGCUGGUCAGCAGAGGAGCGCUGGUGGCCCUCGGCUGUGGGAACGGAGCCGAAGAACGACCGUCGGAGAUCGGCUGGCUGCCCGGCGUCAACGAGACCACGCAGGAGAAAGGAGACUUCCCCGGGACGUACGUGGAGUUCAUCGGCAGAAAGAGGAUGUCCCCGCCCACUCCCAAGCCCCGCCCCCAAAGACCGCCAUCUGCAGCGUCCGUGAGGACGGACUCCGAGUCAGAGGGUGAGUAACAAACCAUCCGUCAGAUAUAGAUAUAGAUAUAGAUAUAGAUAUAUGUAGAGAACAUACAGUAUGAAAACAUGCAGCAGCUCAACCACAUCUCAGAUGAACUGCUCUGUGAGUUCGACAAGUAAACACAAAAACAGCUGUUUUGCUCUGGUCAGUGUUUCUCUCUGUGCUCUUCAUUUACUCUUCAAAAUAAAAGCCCUGCUCCUCCAUAGAAACAGAACCAUGAUGAGUAGAAGUAGAACUUGAACAUGUCUUCAGUGCAAAACAACAGUUAUGAUGACAUCAGUCAUGAGAAGAAGAAAAUGAGUUUAAUUUUUUUGAUCAUUUAUUUACAAAAAUUUGGAAAACAAUAUAAUCGAUAAAUCCAAGUGUUACAAUGUUAGAAAUAAAUAGACUCUACAUUCUAUAAAUAUUCACAUGUUUCUCCUCUCCUCUCCUCUCCUCUCCUCUCCU